AUGCUCGUCGUCUUCAACCUGCCGCCGAUUCGAGCGGUGCUACGCGCGGUCGGGCUCGAGAUCGUGCCGUUCCGUCUGCGCAGAGUCAUGCCGGGCGGAAGCAGGGGCGGCGCGAGGGACGCGAGAAGGGCCAACAUCUCCGGGGACACGGAGACGGGCGCGAAGGAGGACACGUGCUUCGCGGAUAAGUUUCAAGACGUCGCCGCCGCGCCGACGGCGUUUUCUUCGCGCGUGGAGAACGAGGUCACCGUCAGGGAUUACGACGACUUCAAAGACCGCGUCGGCGACAUGCCGAACCGACUCCCUAUCCUCGAGUCCAACGGGCGAUGGAGCGAGAUGAUGGACAAGUCGCUGCCCGGGUUGAGUUACCGCGCGUGGCGUCACGUCCUGCCGUACGGCGGCACCGAAUACCUCUCUCGAACGGUGUGGGAGAACAGCACCGUGGAGGAGAUGUGCGACUUUUUCAACUGCGACGACACGCGCGCGUCGUGGGAUAAGCUCCUGUUUCGACACCGCGUCCUCGAGAGGGACGAGCGGACGGGCGCGGAGUGCGUGUUUUGGGAACGCGCCUUGCCGGUGAUCAGCAACAGGGAUUACGUCUUCACGCGGCGGACGUGGAAGGACGUGGAAGGACACACGUACUGGGCCAUCAACAAGCACUGCACGCACUCGCAGACGCCGGAGACGCCCAAUCUGAAGCGCGUGGAUCCGUACUUCAGCGCGUGGAGGAUGCGCGCGAUCCCCGGGCCGGACGGUCGGCUCACCGCGUCGGAGUGCAUCCUGUCGCACUUUGAGGAGCAGAAGGUGAACCAGGACGUCGCUCGGUUCGCGGUCAAGUGCGGGAUGUGGGGGAUGGUGAAGGAGGCGCUGAAGAACCUCGCCGUCGGCGGCGUCGUGACCACGAUCGGGGUUCUCGCGUACGUCGACGCGAAGGACGACGACGCGCGGCGGAGGCGAAGGCGCGCGGCGAUCCGGAGGAACGCGGAGGAAAACAAGACGUUGCCCUCGAGGCGGCGGCGGCACGGCCAUCACGCCGUCGACGCCGCGGAUGCGGACGCGAUCGUGGACCCGAGAUACGUCUCCGCGUCGUUCGUCCGCGGCGGCGGCGGCGGCGGCGAGGGCGAGGGGGACGGUGCCGCGCGCGAAGGCGGGACCGCGUCGGAGCAGCCCGGCGCGGAUAGCCCCGCGGCGGGUCGAGGCUCGUGAUCGAUCUAAGAUUAUUUAGCCGCGACGACUGGUCGCGCGUUCAAUUCAUUCAUUCAUUC